CAGAGAACAGAAUAGAAGCUGGCGGAGCGGACGGGGCCGACGGCCGCUCCCUGUCCCCUGCAGAGGGGCUAGCACGUCCACGCUGGCCGAAUAGCCCAGGCGCCAGCUCCGGUCUGCCCCUCUCCCACGGGGUGGAGACUCGGCCGGGACCCACGAACCAUGGAUUUAAAGAGCGAGCUACUCAAGUCCAUCUGGUACGCCUUCACCGCCCUGGAUCGGGAGAAGAGCGGCAAGGUGUCCAAGUCCCAGCUCAAGGUGCUGUCACACAACCUGUACACAGCGCUGAACAUCCCUCAUGACCCCACGGCCCUGGAGGAUCACUUCCGCGAUGACAAUGAUGGGCCUGUCUCCAGCCACGGCUACAUGCCUUACCUCAACAAGUACAUCCUGGACAAAGCACAAGAUGGUAAUUUCGCCAAGGAAACCUUCAAUGAACUCUGCUGGACAUUGACUGCCCGAAAGAACUACAAACCCUCAAAGAACCAGGGCCUGAUCUCCGAGCGUGAGGCCUUCAUGCUCUGGUGUCUUUUCAACUUCCUGUCCGAGGACAAGUACCCCCUCGUCAUGGUGCAGGAGGAGGUUGUGUACUUACUAAGGAAGUUGUUCACGGCCAUGGGACAGGAGUGGCUUCAUGAAGAGGAGCUGAGCAACCACUUCAUGCAGAACCCCUCCCUUGAUGGAGCUGUCACUGUCUGGCAGUUCCUGGACCUGAUGGAGUCGGGGAGGUUCACCAAGCCAGCCAGCAAGGAGUCUCUCGCUCUGGGGAUCUGCUCAGUUUAUGAGGAGCUGGUGUUGGACGUGACACAGAAGGGUUACAUGUGGAAGAAAGGAUAUGUUCGGCGGAACUGGAAUGAGCGCUGGUUUGUCCUGAAGGCGUGCAAUAUUUUGUAUUACGUCAACGAAGACCUCAAAGAGAAAAAGGGAGAAAUUCAUCUCGAUAAGGACAGCACAGUUGAGGCGCUCCUGGACAAGGACGGGAGACGGUGUGUGUUCUGCAUUAAAACUGCGAAUCGAACGUAUGAGCUGAGUGCAUCCGACACCAAGCGUCGCCAGGAGUGGAUGGAGAGUAUCACCACCGCCAUUUGGCUGCAGUCAGCGAACAAGCCCCCCCUGCACAAGGAGCAGAGGGGGCGGCGGCGGGAGCAGCGGCAGCAGGUGGCACAGAGGAGGAGGGAGGAGGAGCAGUGGCUGGCUGAGCUGAAGCAGGAGAAGGAGAGGCAUCUUCGGGAGCUGGAGAGGCUCAAGCAGGCCCAGGAGGAAGCUCAGGCCAUUUGGCGCAACAAGGAGUUCCAGUGGACGGGGCAGCAGGAGGAGAUGCAGCAGACAAUGCAGCGGCAGCUACAGAAGGCUCAAAAGGACAACUUCCACCUGCAGCUGGAGGUGGAGCAGAAGGAGCUGGAGGUAGGAGCCCAGCGGCGCCGGAUUCAGGAGCUGGAGCGGACGCGGCAGGGGCUGCAGCAGGCGCUGGAGGCCGAGGUUCAGGCCCGAGCCAGAGAGCAGGAGGCGCGCUCGGCACAGGCAAGGCUGUUGCAGGAGGAGGAGGAGAAGCUGAAGGAGCUGAUCAGGCUGAAGGCGGAGCAGAAUCUCAGCCCGCAUCACCGGCGGGAGAGGAGGCAGCAGAUCUCCGACAGGGAGCAGACCCUGCAGCGAGCAGUGGAGGGGCUGAGAGAGAGCAGGAGGCAUCGCAAGCAGGAUCUGGCUGCAGCGAAGACAAAGCGGAGGCAGGCCAGUCGUUGUGUUAAGCAGUGGAACGUGCAACUCAACCGACUGAUGCAGCCGAUCGUCCCCGGAGCCACCCAGAAUAAACAAAGAAGUGAUGUCCUGAGCCACAGAGGAGGUGGAGCCUUCCCGUCCCUGGACCUCAGCACCAAGCAGCCCCAGCAGAAGAUGAAGGUGCAAGAUAAGAGCGACAGACCCAAGGGCUCGACCCAGGCCUCCGAGGAGACCUCGGAAUCUGACUCCGACGACUAUGAAAACAUAGAGGAAUAUUUGAAGAAUGUGUCGUUGACAGGAUCGAUGUCGCCCUAGGAGAGCGGCAGUCAGUUGUGACGGCGAAUUAGGCGGGAGGAAGGUGUGAACAAGUCGCACAGAGGUUUCUCAUUCCACACUGGACACCAGCAACAGACACUGCUGAUUUCAUCUUCCCCAGUGGAUGAGGGAACCCCCAACAUCCAAACACAGAGAGCUGGAAACUCCAUUGGUUGGAAGCCUCAUGGACACAGGGGAAAGUGGAGGCAGACCCAGCGGCACAAACAGCACUGAAAGAUUUAACCAAUGAUAAAACAUUACCAGUAACAAAUCUCCUCUGUGCCUCAUUUUUCUAUAGGCCACUGUUGUUUUAUUUGCAGUGAUUGAUGUGGAAAGUAAUUUUCUAAAAGUUAAAUGAUUUGUCUAUGACAGAGUCACUGAGGUUGGAGGUGAGGAUCCACGGGAGGAAGGAGACUGGUCUGUCUGCUGAGAGAGGGGAAGAGAGGCUCACUGGUGCAAAUAUUACUGAGACAGGAGGAGGGAUAGGGAGAUCGAUGGAGUUUAUGGAUGGAGCUAUAAUGGAGACAGGGAAAGGAAUCCAUGAAUGAAACAUUACUGAGGGGCUUACUGGAAGAGAGCGGUAGAGAAUUCCAUGGGUGAGGGUGUUACUCAUCAUGUACAGAAAUAAAAGAAUAGGCCAUCAGAGCCUGCCCCACCAUUCAUCAGCCUGAUCUACCUUAGAGCCAUUUCCUGCAUUAUCCCCUUGAUGCCCAGAAAUCUCUUGAUCUGCAUUAUGAGUGAACACAAUGACUGCCACACCCCUCUGGGGGAAUUCCAAACAUUCACCACCCUCAGAAUGAAGACAUUGUUCCUCAUCUCAGUCCUAAAUGGCCGAUGGCUCAUUCUGAAACGAUGCCCCCUGGUCCUAGAAUCCUCAGUCGGGGGAAAUAUGCUCCCUUCAGCUCGCCUGAAUAGCUGGGGCCCAAGCAUGGACCCCUGCGUUAUCCCACUAGUCACAGCCUGGCUACCCCAAAAGAUCUGUUUACUCGCACUCUGCUUUCUGUCCAGUAACCGAUUCUCAGUCCAUUUCAAGAAUUUAACCCAAUUGGGGUAACCCACUUGGUUAGCCAAUCUCCUGUGCAGGACCUUAUCAAAAACCUUCUGGAAUCAAAACGCAGCACAUGCACGGGUUUCACUUAUCACACUCUGAAAGAAAUCCAACACAUCAGUCAUGAUUCAAUAUUGACUCUGCUCAAUCCUAUUACUCUUUCCAAGCUAUUCUGGUCUUACACCCAUCACAUGAACGCCAGCAUUUUCCCAACCUUCAGCUCACAACUCAGUGUUUCCCAGUUUUCCCUCUCCAUCCAUUCUUAAAUGGUGGGGUCACAGUUGCUACCCUCCAAUCCACAGGAACAAUUCUGGAAUCUACAGAACCUUGGAAUAUGACAACCAGAGCACCCACCUCUUUCAAAACUCUGUAAUACGGAUUAUCCACUCCUAGGGAUUUAUUAACUUCCAAGCUCACUAACAUACAGUAUCUAGUACUAUUUUUUGACUAUUAGUUAUUGCCUUCAAUAACUCAUGCGCUUUAGGUCCCUGGUUCUCUGAUGUAUUCAACAGGUUUGGUGCAUCUUCUUCUGCCAUGAAGACAGACAGAGGGUAUUUGUUUAA